AUGUCAGCCAUGGAUGGAUUUAUCCUGCGUCGCAUGCAAAGUGCCGCCUUGAUGAAAUGGCAAACCAAUACAUGUACUGGUAGUGCACGAAACCUCAAAGUAGAAGAAGAAGACCACGAAGUAAUUCAAGAGCAGCCACAACCUCAAUCUGAAGAACAAGUAGAAGAAGUAGUACAAGUCACGGCUGAAGAUGAAGCAGAAGAACCCGUCCAAGACGAACCAGAGCUGGAGGAUGCACCAACUCCCACUACCAUCAGUAGUAAUAUGCAUAGCAGUGAGGAGGAGGACAGCAGCAGCAGCAGUGAAGAAGAACGAUGCCACGCAGGACCUCGUCAAUGGACGCAACGACCCGUCUUUACCGAUAUUCUAGCGGGGGACGACUUGCUCGGCGAUGACAGUGAAGACGAUCUCCUCUGGACACCACCGGUAUCCACUCGCACUCGCAACACACGUGUGACGGUACGAUCCAACAACAACAACAACAAGACAAGCACAGGCACAAGACGAUCUGCACCCAAAGACUUGUCCUCGCGAACGGUGCGAUCCGUAUCUCCGUGUGCGGCACGACGAAACAAGGUCAUGUCCUAUGCUGCCUGA